GUCAAUGAUGCAGACUCGGACAUCAUUUGUCUUCCUCUUAGUGUUUUGAUUUCUUGGUUGAUAUAAGCUUCUAUUUUCAAUACUUGCUCCGUACUGGUAACGCGUUAGCCAAAAGAAACUUCUGCUUCUUUUUUAUAUUCUAUGUUUCAGCACAGCUGGAACAAACUAGAAACUCUGAUGGACUGCAGUUCUAUAGAACUGAAGGUUAUCUCCUGUAAGGAUCUCAGAGCCUUCAAUUUCUUCCAAAAGCUUUCGGUAUAUGCAGACGUCUCCAUCUUCAAUGAUGAACUGAAGAAAGAGCAGCAACAGCAAGAACACCUACAGCAGCGCCAGAAAACGCCAGUUGACAGAGAUGGAGAUGGGAACCCCGAGUGGAAUCAUACGGUGAGCUUUGAUACGCAAGUUAUGUCAUCACUUGAUGAUCAGUGGGAUCACUGGUUUAUCAAGUUCGACAUGCGCAAUGAUGGUGCAGUUUUGGGAAAGAGCCUUGGCAAAGUGCAGGUACCCUUGAAGGAAUUGAUUGAGGAGUUCAAUGGGGCAGUCAGGUUUAUGAGUUAUCAAGUGAAGACUAAUGAUGGUAAGUCUAAUGGGGUCUUGGAUUUUUCAUACCAGGUAAUUGGGAAGAAGAUCGGUCAUGGAAUUCAUGAUUCCUUAUUAUCUGAAAAAACCAAUGUUUCUGAUCCUAGUGAUAAAGUUGAGGUUCAAUCUCUUUACCCUACUAUAGAAGUAGAAUCCCUGUCCCGGGAUCUGUUCUAUCCUUCACUAACUGAAAUUUCCAGUCCUGUACCUAAAAUUCCAGUCCCUACUCCAAUCCUUAACACUCAAUUUUCGCUACCUUCUCACCAUCAUCAUCACCAUCCAUGUCAAACAUUCUCGCCAUUUCUUCUACCUCCCAGUAUGUACUGGAAUCCAUCAGAGUUCACAAAUCAUGGUUGCAAUUUCUGUGGCAACCCUGCAGGGUUAGGAAAAGUUGGGAUGGUGGAUUACAAGGGUCCGUGGAGGACUAAUUAUCCAGGCAAUAGAAGUGGUCUUCUUCAAGCUCCAGAUCCGGAAAGGACUACCAAUGGCAGAUGCUACUGAGCUUUGCUCGGCUGGGUUGUAUUAUUGUAUUAGCACUUCAUGGUUAGACAACCAUGUAACAUGUGCUACAUCUUCAUAGUUCAUACUCCUAUAACAUGUCUGGUUUCUUGUGCUACAUUAUAAGUUCGCAUACCAAUCAUGUUGCUUUAAUCCCUUCUUUAAUUCAUUUUGAGGUUUUGGAGGCUGGGUUUGUAAAUACUGGAAGUCCUUGAAUUUGGAUGAUUUGAAGUUUAUUGUGUU